UAGCUAGCCAGUUAGACAAUACAAAGCCACACACAAACAAAACCCAAGCACAUAGCUUAUUGUUUCUCAAAAUUUUGCUCCAUGGAACUGCAAAAACCCACUCACGUGGCUCUUCUCUCGAGCCCUGGUCUGGGUCAUCUUAUCCCAACGAUUGAGCUUGGGAAGCGCUUCGUUCUUAACCACAACUUCAAAGUCACUGUUCUCGCGGUUACUUCGCAAACCUCACGCGCCGAAACUCAGAUUCUGAACUCAGCCCUCACACCCUCCCUUUGCAACGUCAUCAACAUCCCUUCACCAGACCUCACCGGCCUCAUCCACCAAAACGACCGCAUGCUCACGCGCCUCUGCGUCAUGAUGCGCCAAGCCCUACCCACCAUUAAAUCCAUUCUUUCCGAAAUUACCCCUCGCCCCUCAGCACUCAUAGUUGACAUAUUCGGCACCGAGGCUAUUCCAAUAGGGAGGAAACUCAACAUUCCAAACUACGUCUACGUGGCAUCACAGGCUUGGUUCCUGUCGUUGCUCGUGUAUUCUCCUAUUCUCGAUGAGAAAAUAGAAGGGGAAUACGUUGACCAAAAGGAAGCGUUGAAAAUCCCGGGUUGCAACCCGGUUCGACCGGAGGACGUGGUGGACCAGAUGCUGGACCGGAACGACAGAGAGUAUAAAGAGUAUCUUGGAGUAGGGAAGGGGAUCCCGCAAAGCGACGGCAUUUUGGUGAACACGUGGGAGGAGCUUCAACGUAAAGACCUUGAAGCGUUGAGGGAGGGAGGUUUGUUAAGUGAGGCACUGAAUAUGAACAUUCCAGUAUAUGCUGUGGGACCUUUAGUGAGGGAACCGGAGUUAGAAACAAGCUCUGUGACUAAGUCGCUGCUGACGUGGCUCGAUGAACAACCGAGCGAAUCGGUGGUUUACGUGUCGUUUGGGAGCGGAGGAACGAUGUCGUAUGAGCAGAUGACGGAAUUGGCUUGGGGGCUGGAGUUGAGUGAGUGGAGAUUUGUUUGGGUGGUGCGCGCGCCCAUGGAAGGAACUGCGGACGCUGCGUUUUUCACUACUGGGAGUGACGGGGUUGAUGAGGUGGCCAAGUAUUUGCCAGAAGGGUUUGUAUCGAGAACCCGCAAAGUGGGACUGUUGGUUCCGGAGUGGGCCCAACAGGUAACAAUACUGAAGCAUCGUUCUAUUGGGGGUUUUCUUUCGCAUUGUGGAUGGGGUUCGACGCUUGAGAGCGUAACGAAUGGUAUUCCCUUGAUCGCGUGGCCGCUGUACGCAGAGCAGAGGAUGAACGCGACGUUGCUGGCGGAGGAGUUGGGCCUUGCGGUGAGGACCACGGUGUUGCCUACGAAGAAGGUUGUGCGUAGGGAAGAGAUAGCGCGGAUGGUGAGGGAGGUUCUUCAGGGUGAUGAAAAUGUGAAGAGCAAUGACAUAAGGGAGAGAGUGAAAGAGGUGCAACGAAGUGCAGUGAAUGCUUUGUCGGAAGGUGGUUCGUCCUAUGUUGCUCUCUCUCACGUGGCAAAAACAAUUCAAGGAUAAAAAGUACAAGUGUUGAUAUGUAUCAUUAUAAGAUUUUUUUUUAUCUGGUUACAGCUUUUGCAUCUCUCUCAAGGUGCUAGCUGAUGAGUGAUGAGAUUCAACAGGCUUCAUGUUCCAAUGUUGUGUUUGGUUUAAAGAAUAAAAUAAAUAAAAAAUUAAUUUAAAAUAAACUA